AUGAAUUUGCCAACUCCACAAGAUAGAGUGCUCUGGCUCAAGGCCAUCCAGACACCGGGUGAGAUUACUGAUGCCGAGAGGCGCAGUAUCCUCAGAAUCGCCGACCCAGAAACACAGUUGGCCAACUCGCUUUCAAUCAGUGGUCUAACUCCUGAAGAGUUUGAGGAUAAACUCUUCAUCCGGCCUGAGUCAGUGAUUGAACGGGAGUGUCUUCUCAUUCAGCAUGGGUAUCACAUAUGGAACAAUCAGGAGGCAAUGGCAAAUGGUCAGAUGGAUUGGAAUGUCGAAGAUCGAAUGUCACGCAUCCACGCUUCCUUGGCACUCAAGAGGCCGCGUGAAAGAGAGGUUGAGAGGGCGCUCAGCAAUAUAAUGGAGGCUCUCAUGAUGCAGAGACAGGACGCGAGCAGGCUCAGGAUGUCCGGGGUUGCGGAGGAGACGCACCAGCCUUGUAGAUGGGUACAGAGACUUAUCGAUGCUGAGAUUGAAGCUGCAUCUAAUAGUGAUGAGGAAGCUAUGGUAUGA